AUGGCCGUCAUUCUGGCUCAAUCUAGCGACAACAAACUAAUUGGUUUAAUUGCAUACUUCAUUGUCGAUGAUCGUCAAACAUUUGUCCGCCGCUUUGAACGUAUUCAUCAAGAUCUUCGUGGCCAGGGCCUUGUCAGAAAGCUCAGGGAAUAUGCAAGAAACCAUGCCAAACCUCAAACGAGUGCGAUUUACGUCUACCAACGGCAGUGUGAAUUGUCAGUAUCAUAGAAAACUCUUGGAAUUGAAUAUUCUUGAAUAUGAGGUCAAGUUACUGAAUCUUGCAGCCAAGCCUUAGCUGCUAUGAAAAAAUCGAUCGUGAUAAAACCAUGCUCGCGAAAAUAUAUCUCCGAUGUUAUUCUUUCAAGUACUGAAAGAGCACAACUAUUUCCAUAA